AUAUAUCACAAUACUUGGGCAAAAUGUUGCCCCUUUCGUUCCGCUCGUUCUCUGGACUUUGGGUGCUACUUCUGAUCGCGCAGAGCUGCAACAGCGCGCGCAAAUGGGACUACGAGCCAAUGUCCAUCACCGGCCACUCCUCGGACGAGAGCAUGCUUAAAAUCGAGCCCAAAAUCGACCGGAUCAAGCGCGGCGAGUUCGCCAUUUCGGCCACAAUCUAUUUCAACUACCUUCUCGAUGAUAAGGUCAUGGUUGAGGCUCUCUGCUAUCGCAGUUCGACGGGACAGGAGAGUGACUACAAGUUGACCCCAUUUAACAUUCCCAAGCAGCCUUACGAGGAGUUUCUAAACACCCACUACAAGGACAUGGUGAUCAAGAAUCUUGGAAACUGCUCGAACCUGCCCCAAUUCAAGGACAAGUUCGUCCCGCCGUGGCCACAGAAGACCUACAAAUUGGAAAAUUGCGUAGCCGAUAGCGACGGUUUCCCGGAAGUUCUGCCUUUGGGUUUCUAUAAAAUAAUGCUCACGUUUACGGGACACGUUGAUUGGGGACUAACAAUUAUUACGAAAUUGACAAACAAACUGAUGUGAAGGAAUCCGAACGGACAAAUCCCAUUUACCAAUAUAGAAAUUUUGUAGAGUUGUACAUAUAGACACAGAACAUAUUAAAAAAGAAGGUCUCAAAUUUCUUAUCUGUUUA